AUGGCUGACGGUUACGAUCCCCAAAAGUCUCGCGUAGCGGAAGACACGUUGGCUGAUUUUCUUCGUGCACCACUUACCGGUGACUUGACAGAGGUGCCUGGUAUUGGUAAAGCGGCAGUUACAAAGCUUAGUGAAUCAGACGAGGACGGGGAAGAGGCCGUUACGAACACAUUUCAACUCAUCGGCAAGUUCCUCAUGCUCAAGGAAAAUUCCGAUGAUCAUGACGAUGGAAUGAUUGAUUGUGCGGCUCAUUGUGAUGCCUUUUGGUUCUGGCUCAAGUCUAAGGGCAUUACAGCCUACAGAAGUGGUAUUGUCAUGGCCAUUGCAGAAAAAGUAAACACGAUGCUGCCUGGUAUUUAUGAUGCAGCAGAGUUCCAGUAG